CAGCCGCAGGUCAUAAUCAUGUUUUCUGAUAUUUGCUUUUACUUCUUUUAAUCUUUCCCUUUCCACCUCCUCACCUAAUCAAUCUUUUUUGUUUCCUUUUCUUUCUGGGUUUUUUUGUCGUCAGUUCACCUGCUUCUUCCACAGUGUAUGCAUUCUAUUCAAUUCUUUCUAGACAAAAAAUCAAAUAAUAAACAAUUGAAUUCACAUUCCCCACCACACGUUUAAUAAUUAUACUACAAAUUAUUUUUACAGUUCAAUGCUGUUGAGUGCUGACCCAAAUUAUUUUUACAGUUCAAUGCUGUUGAGUGCUGACCCAAAUUAUUUUUACAGUUCAAUGCUGUUGAGUGCUGACCCAAAUUAUUUUUACAGUUCAAUGCUGUUGAGUGCUGACCCAAAUUAUUUUUACAGUUCAAUGCUGUUGAGUGCUGACCCAAAUUAUUUUUACAGUUCAAUGCUGUUGAGUGCUGACCCAUUUCGAUUUUCAAUAGAUGCCACUGAUUUUUAAUGAGCCCCUUAAAUUAUUUAGGUUUAUGGGUAGAGCUUUACUGAAUGAAUCUGUGUAUCAUUUAUUGUUUAUCUGGUCACCCACUCCAUUUCUUGUAGUGGUUUAUCUGCAUUUAAUUGCUUUUGCCCCAUUAUAGAUUUUGUUGCUACAGAUUUCAGAUAAACUGCCUCUACCUUGAGUUUUGUUGGAGGAUUUUUUGAUCUUAGUAUUAUAAAUCCCUUCGAAAUGGGAUCAUAGAGCAAUGAGAUUUCUCGAAUACUUGUGUAGAAAUACACCGUCGGUGGUGUUAGUGCGUGAUUUUUGUUGUUUUUAAAAACUCCAGUGCCAAUGGAGUGGCCUUCCACUCCACCCCCUCUUCACCCUCUACCUCCUGAACACAGUUUACAGAGGGCUUAUAAUAGUCAGCUACUGAAGGAUGAUGUAUCGCCGAGACCUUCCAACCAUAUAAAUCCAAGAUUACAUAUGGGGAAGAUAUUCCAUGAUAAGUCAUCCAUUUGCUGGGACUCACAGAAGGAACAGUGCUUUGAAUCAGCCGCUGCUCGUCUUUCGGAUAGCAUGUCGACAUCUAAGCAGUCCUCAGAAGAACUGGUUAAAGAAAUUGCCACACUUGAGUUUGAAAUCGUGCAAUUGGAACGCUAUCUUCUUUCUCUUUAUCAGACAGCUUUUCGGCAGAAACUCCCAGGUACAUUGGGAAACUACGGAACACGUUUUUGGCAAAUGAGUGGAACUCCACAGGUUAAGGCAGAAAAAUCAUCUCCGAAAAUGGAACUCGACAUGUUAAAAGUCUAUAGUGAUAAUCACGGUCAAAUUUCUCCUUCGAGUGCUUUAGCAAGCUCGAGCGAUCUAGUGACAGUGGCUACUCCAAAGUCAUCAUCUAGAAGGGAGAAGAAUAAUGCUUACUCUCCACACCGUAGCCUUGCAUAUCAUCUCGGAAAUUCUCACAUAGAUGAUGCCUUCAAUCGUCCUGAUAGAUUAUCAGAGGAAAUUAUAAGAUGCAUAUCUUCGAUUUACUGUAAAUUGGCCAACACCACACCAACUCAGAAAGGAUAUUCAGUUUCUUCGACUUCAUCAUUCUGCUCCUCUAGCACAUUUUCUCCAAGAAAUCUUUCUGGCAGUUGGAGUCCUCAAUGUAAUGAUGAAGUUUUAGAGCAUUGCGAUUUUGAAGGCCUAAAACAAGAGAAUGGACCAUAUGCUGCAAUGAUAGAAGUCCGAAAGAUAUGUUUAGACAAUGAAAGUUACAAUUAUGCUGCUACAAUGCUACAAAAUUUUAGGUCUCUAGUUAUUGGUCUUGAGAAGGUCGACCCAAAUAAAAUGAGAAGAGAAGAGAAGCUUGCCUUUUGGAUCAAUAUUCACAAUGCUUUGGUGAUGCAUGCUUAUUUGGCAUAUGGAACUCAAAACUACAUAAAAAGUAAUUCCAUCAUGAAGGCAGCUUACAAUGUGGGUGGACAUUGCAUAAAUGCCUACGACAUACAAAGCUCCAUUUUGGGAAUCCAACCUCACUAUUCGGCUCCGUGGCUUCAGACGCUUCUCUCUCCCGGAAAAAAGUUCAAGACUGGGAGCGGCAAACAUCCUUAUUCCAUUGAAUACCCUGAACUGCUUGUCCAUUUUGCGCUUUGUUCAGGGGCAGUCUCAGACCCUGUGGUUCGGAUUUACACGGCAAACAAUGUAUUUCACGAUCUUAAAGUCGCCAAGGAGGAGUUUAUAAAGGCUACAGUAUAUGUUCAUAAAGAAACAAAGUUAUACAUGCCAAAAAUCCUUUCCUAUUAUGCAAAGGGCAUGUCACUUAGCAUGACCGCGCUUUUGGAAAUGGUCAGUGAGUGUCUAUUUGGAGUUCAACAGGAAGCUAUUCGAAAGGUUGCCAAAAAUAGACCUGAGAAGUACGUAUACUGGUUAGAACAGAGUUCAGCUUUUCGAUAUUUAAUCCAUAAAGAAAUUGCUGAAGGAAUAUGGGCUGCUUGAUUUGUUUAAUUUCCAAUGUAUUAUGGAUUAGAAAUCAAUUCUCUCUCUGUGAUUGUUAACCAUAGGCGUGCCUGGAGUAACAUAUCUCAUAAGUUAUCUUACAAUGUAUGUAGGUAUUAAGUUAGAAGCAGGUUUCGUUUGCCACUGGUUUGUCUAACCCGAAAACUACUUCACUUUUGAACUUCUUUUCUUUGCUAUAUAUACAUUUGCUGCCUGGACAUGUAUGAAGGAUCAUCCAUCGGUAGAUAGUGAAGCUGUUUUGUCCACUUAGCUACAUGUUUAUUGAAUCUUUGUUAGGUACU